CCUUAUUCCUGAACGGUGAACCAAACCUAAAAUACGAUACUCAAAAUCAAUAUACACUGACCAUCACGUGCACGGACAACCUUGGCAUGUCCUCUACCAGGGACAUUGUGGUCAGCAUCACAGAAAAUGCUUCACCAUCAAUGGACAAUCUCCCAAAUACAGUAGACGUGGACACUCUGACCACCACGACAGGAACACAGAUAUUCUCAAUCAACGGAGUGGACACUGAUUCCACAAUUCUAUUUUACAACAUGACGUGUUUCCCUGCCAACUGUCCGUUCCAAGUCAACACGGCGGGACAGAUUUUGGCAACAGAAAACUUGAACACACACAAGAUUGCUGCCUAUGACCUCAACGUGUGGAUUAAUGAUAAAUGGUCGCUAGUAGGACCCGAGACUUUAAGUGUCACGCUCACAAACAUAAACGACAUUCCUGUUAUCAGUAAUAUACCAGCUGGACUGUCACUGACGAUUCCGGAAAACUCCGCCGUCACCAAGAUUAUCCUCGACACGGCUGUCACAGAUGGAAACCCUGGAGAUACACAUACGUUCACAGCUGUAUUCACACCCGGAGAUGGCUCCAACUACUUCAGAAUCAUAAGUGGGACUGGUGUCAUCAGACCAUCGCAGGUGAUCGACUACGAGGAGUUGCUGGCUAAAGGAACUACAUCAUUUAAUGUCGCCGUGACAGCGAACGAUGGGCGAGAAGAUUCGGUCACCAAAUACUUCACUUUAGCUGUCACGGACGUUAACGAACCACAGACGGGUUUUUCACAGACUACAUAUCAAAUUACAGGAGUAGAGACUACCACGACUUUCCCGGACCUCAAUCCCACAUUGGCCAAUUCUGUGAUAGACGUUGACGACACACGUGACACACAGACGCUUACCAUGGACUGUGGGACCACAACGGUGUUGUUUGCUAUGGACCCCACCACGGGCCGCGUCACCAAGACCGAUGAAUACGAUCUCGACGCUACACAACAGACGACAGACACCGUGGCGUGCGUUGUGACAGCAACUGACGCAGCGGGACACACUGUCACAACAAACCUAAACAUCAUCAUCAAUGAGGAGAACGAUAACCCGCCCGUGCUGAAUCAGGACACGUACACUCACUUCCUGCCAAUCAACACUGGAGCGGGGUCACAGUUCGGGCCCUUCUCUUCCACCGAUGCCGACGUCCUGACCGACCACACCGAUACCACGUACACAUUGACCGGGGGAUCAGGGCUGUUUGGAUUUACGGAUUGCUGCAGUGUCUACAACAAUGUCAACUUUAGCACGACGGCCCACAAUGUAGGUGAUUCAUUUUCCAUGACCUUGACCGCAACUAACAAGAACGGCCUUAAAGAUACCGCCACCGUCAACGUCAUUCUUACCGACCCUGUAACCACCACAGCCGCCACCGUCGUCACAACAACCACAACGGCGGCCACAGCCUCGUCGUUAGCGUUUCCCACAUUUGGUGACAGUGGGAGUAUUUCUAAUUUCCUAGACGAUCCAGAAAAUCUCGGUUGGUUCAUACCGACCAUGAUCCUGCUGGCUAUCAUGACUGCAUUGCUUGCGUAUAUGAUAUACAGAUGUAUACGGAACCCUGGUGCCUUUGCCAGACUCGGAAACUUGUGUAAGGGACGGUCUUUGAACUGUAACUGGCAAACCCGUAGCAAGAUGGCUACCAAGGUAAAAAUACCAAAGAAGGUAAAGGCCACAAACAACAAAGUAAACAAGGUUCGCCAGUUAGGAGACAACGACGGAAAGUAUGAAUGGAACACUUGGUCUCAUAUUGACUUCGGAAACAAAGCAGUCGAACAUCGGUAGAGCAAAGAAAGGAUCAAAGGGACAAUUGAAGACAAAAAGGGAUUCAGAGACUCUCAUCGGGGACAAAAUAAUUGACUCUAAUACAUUGCAAAGCAUUUAGCGUGAUGUUUUCAAUGAAUUUUACAUUUUUUAACCAGUAUUAUAUCGUUUAUUUCCUUAACUGUUGUGUAAAUUACGGGAUCGUUUAUGUUUAUGAGACUGUCUUCAUCAACGCUGGGAAUCACCAAGCAUAUUUCUAGACAGGUACAAACUAUAAGGGUUACCAUUAAUAUAUUAUGCUAACAUUGAUAUCAUUUUUAAGGAACUAAUCACUUUGCUUCGUUAUUUAGGCCUUAAAUAGGUUUUUUUUACUGUCAAUUCUAUGUCAUUCCCUUUUGUAUUUAUACAAAGAUAAUGAUAGGUUUUUGUAUUUUGUAAGAGAGCUAGACCAUAUUGAUACUAUUCCAAAUAAUUUUGCAGAAAUGUAUUUUACAACAAAUAUAUAGACCCGUUGAGCAGUGGAUAAGUUUCUUCUUUCAUGAUCAAGAGGUCCAGGAUUGGAUCCUCUUGUUUUGUAGAUAAAACAAAAACACAACUCCCUGCUGUACACAAUUGGCGAGCAACUACAAGUCAGAAAAAUACUGCACAACUAUGAACGCUGCUUAGAAGUAGAUAAAACACAGUGCUUUGGUACUUUCUAAUUUUUACGUUCAUUAUUGUAUUUAUAUAAUUAUUUCCUUCUGAUUUGACAUUUUGAACGAGAGAAGUAAUAGAUCGGAAUAAAUGUUUAUUUUUCUAACCAAGCUCACGAAUGAGAAUAAAAUCCUCAGAUUGUUCUAACCUUUUCGUUUACACAUAGCUGAGAAGUAUCUGUUUUUCAUAGCAUAGCAUUCAUUAAAAGUAUUCACUUAGAACAUAUUUGUUUUCGCUUUUCCUUUAUUAAAUUCGUGUUGCAGAAGUUCCUUUUUCGGGGAUCUCUGCGUUAGUCUUUUCUUUCUUCAUGCUUUGCCCGUUUAGCACUGAUUUAAGUUUACAUUACAUUUGUGUUCUACUGUUGUCGUUGUUAUACACAUAAAGGAAAAGAGAUUGAUGCUGCAUGAAAGUACAUGUAAGUACAACUAAGGCCCAAAAGAAAGAAUAAUAUGAGUUAAUAAAACCUGUUUUCAAAUUUGUUGUAAAAGAAAUAAAGUUAUAUUGUUAUAUUUGCGAAGUCAGUAUAUAUUUAUGUAGUAUUAUCGUAUAUAACUUUAAACACUAAUGGAUGACUUAUCGGCACAAAGGAUUUUUUUUAUUAUUAAAAGGAC